AUGAAAAGUUUGGAACUCGUUGGCGAGGCUCUACAACUUGAAUUCAAUAUUCGUCAACAUUCUGAUAUUUGGCUCGCAGACCAUAAUGAACAAGCAAAUCAUAAAGCAGGUUACAAACAGAAGCCUGACAUAGUUAUGUGA